UUUGCGACAGCAGUAUUCAAUUUGUGCUCGCUCUCCCACGACACACUCGACGAUGUUCCGCUCCUUGUUCGGGACGACCGUUGCCGGCGAGUACGGAGACACUGGCACCACUGGGGGUAGACGGGGGAACCCAUCGGGGCAGGAGCAAGCGGCCCGAAAGGGAACACCGAACAAGACCGCACCUGGCGGUGGUUCUUCCUCCGCACAUCAGGAUGGAGGCGGCUUCUUCCAGCUCGAGCCCACCCAUGCCUCUGCUGAGGAGUCGCUUUUCGACGACUUGGAAGUUAAACCGCCAGCAGUGGAGCCCAAGCCUUCUCCCAUGAAGCCCCCCGCAGACUCGGAGUCUGCCGCGGGCGUCUUCUCCGCCUUUCAGUUCAUGGCAGAGCCCGCCGCGGCUAGCGACAAGGCAACACCAGUAGGAGGCAGCCCACCCUCAGCAGGAGGGGGAGGCCAGGGGAUGUCGGCGUUUUCGUUCCUGACCGAAGAGUCCCCCGCCGCCGGGGAAAGUGGUGAAGGCCAGGACGAAACCGUCAGCAUCCCUGGGGAUGCUGCCGGGAAGACCACGCCGUCUUCGUUUUCGUUCUUGUCGGAGGGAGGCGGAGGGGGCCCUGCGACUGAGAGUAGAGUUGCCGCCGAGGCUGCGCCGUCCCUGGUGUCAUCGUCCUCUCCGCUGGCAGCGACCGGCAAUGUGGUGUUGCCGGCACCCUCCGACGGCAAGGAAUCGGCAGAAGUCGGGGGUAUUGCCGGACAGACGCCGGGAGACGUCGAUCAGCAGCCCGCUGUCUCGUCCGGCCUUGCGAGCGACGUCUCUUCUCCUUCCGCUUCAUCGUCUACGACGGCGCAGGCGGGUGGCCUUGCCGCCACCGCCACCGCUGCCCAGGAAGGAGCGGACAAGCAGCCUGCUGCUGACGAUGUGCCCUCUUGGAAACCCUCGGCCGGCGUUGUUCGGAAGAAGAGGGCGGUGAGGAGGGUGGGCUAUGCUCGGGAGGAGACGCUGGCGUCGUCGUUGAUGGCUCCGCCGGUACCGCGGUCACCCACGGCGGGCCGACAACCCGGCAGCGGCAAUGCUUCGACGGAGGCAGCAGGAGACCAGGCCAGCGGUAGCACGCCGUCUGGGACAGCUGGGGGAGGGAUUUCUCGCGGGGGGGGG